AUGGACAAGGUCAUGCUCACACUCAUCAAGGCGAAUGAACACGCCGCCGCAUUCUACAGUGCCUUGGGGUUCGUCGAAGACCCCACUUCACCGGGCUUUGUUGUCGAAGAUCCAGACGACAGUUGGGAGGAUGAGGAUCUCGACGAGGUUGACUACAUGAUUUUGUCCAAACGAAUCGAAUGA